AUGGUGAUGGGAAAUGAAGUUCCAAACAAACUUGAAUGGAGGAUAAAUGUACCUGAUGGGACAUCAGAGACAUUGCAGCCUGAAUCCGGUUUAGUCUACAGAAUCUGGAUGGGGUUAAGGGGUCUGCUAGGAGAAUUCAUAUUGAAAAUUUGGAAGUUUCUGGAGAAGGCUAGGAACAUAGCAGUGGCUGAGCCUAAAAAGGUUAUCCAUUGUCUCAAAGUAGGAGUCGCACUUUCUAUUGUGUCACUCUUCUACUAUAUGAGGCCUCUGUAUGAAGGUGUGGGAGGGAAUGCUAUGUGGGCAAUUAUGACAGUUGUGGUAGUUUUUGAAAACACUCCGGGUGCAACACUGUAUAAGUGUAUCAACAGAGCAAUAGGUACUUUCCUUGCUGGAUCACUUGGUGUUGGUGUUCACUGGGUUGCAAGUCACUCAGGACAUCAACUAGAGCCCAUAAUUCUUGGAAUAUCAGUUUUCGUUCUUGCUUCAGCAGCAACCUUUUCGCGGUUUGUGCCAUCUGUUAAAGCCCGAUUUGAUUAUGGUGUUGUGAUCUUCAUCCUGACCUUUAGCUUAGUGUCAGUUUCUGGUUAUCGCGUGGAUGACUUGAUUGAUAUUGCACACCAAAGGUUAUCCACAAUUGCCAUUGGGGCCUCCCUUUGCAUUCUCAUAAGCAUGCUAUUCUAUCCCAUCUGGGCUGGCGAAGAGCUUCACAAUUUGAUUCAUCGUAACCUGGAAAAGCUUGCUGAUGCCUUGGAUGGAUGUGUCGCUGGGUACUUCACAGACAGCAGUGCUGGAGAUUCUUGUAAGAAAAUGGAAGGCUAUAAAUCCGUUCUUAAUUCUAAGGCAGCUGAAGAUUCUAUGGCUGGCUUUGCAAGAUGGGAACCCGCACAUGGUCGUUUCAACUUCCGGCAUCCAUGGAAGCAGUACUUAAAGGUUGGGGCUUCAUUGCGAAGCUGCGCUUAUUGCAUUGAAACUCUCAAUGGUUGCAUAAACUCAGAAAUCCAGGCACCUGAGCAUCUAAAGAGGCAUCUCAGUGAUGUCUGCAUCACAUUGAGCUCCCAUGCUUCACGUAUCUUGAAAGAAUUGGCUAUUGCAGUUAAGACCAUGAGAAAAUCAUCAAAAAUAGACUUCUCAAUUGGAGAGAUGCAAUAUGCAGUACAAGAACUUCAAAAUGCCUUGGAAUCUCUUCCUAGCCACCCUUUUGCUAUGCCAUCCUCAACAUCGGGUGGAGAUGCAAAAACAGAGUCCAUCAGAAAAACAGCCACACCAUCUGUCAUGGAGAUUCUUCCACUAGCAACAUUAGUAUCCAUGCUAACAGAAACAGCAGCAAGAAUCGAAGAAAUUGCUGAAGAAGUUAAUGAGCUUGCAAGGCUAGCAGACUUCAAGCCUCCUGCCAGCAAAAAGGCUAACCAAAGCCAACCCAGUAACAAAGUAGAUGAGACAAAUGAAGAAGGCACCAAAGGUCUGGGAUAA